AUGUUUGGUAAUGAAACUACAAGUUACAAGUCUGAAAGUUGUAAUAAAAGUAAUAAUCAUAAUUUUGACAAUAUUGAUACAUUUAUCUUAGAUAAAAUAAGCUUUGAUAAAGCCAGAAUUUUUGCUGAGAAUGAAGAGAUUUGUUAUAAUACUUUUUUGAAAAAAGAUGAUGAAUUUGAAGUAAAUUCAGCAUUUUCAACAGAGAUAGAAUCAAUAUCAACCUUAUCAUGUAAUGAAAGUAUAGAAUUGCAAGAUGAUAAUAGCAUAUGUAUAGUUGGCAAAAAUGUGCAGUCAGAUAGUGAACAUCGAACUCGAUAUAUAUGUUCUCAAUGUUUUAAUAAGCAUGAUAGUCAUUUUUAUAAGCAUAUAGGAAGUAGAAAAAAUCAUAGUUUUUUUUAUAAAGAAAAUUAUACAAAUGAUAUUACUGAGAUGCUUCAAGUUUUUGGAAACUGGAUUUUACAAACUGCUACUAUGGAAGUACAACAUUCUAUGAAGCUUGUAAAUUUUUUUCUUCUUAAAAUAAUAUUUAAAAUUGGACAAGUAGAUCUUUUUACACAUUCUAAUAAAUGUUUUGGAUUUAUGCCAGAAACUUCGAAAAAAUUGCUUUAUUAUAUCUUAAGUUCAUUAAGUCAUAAACCCAAAAUGAUGUCUUCUUUAUAUGCAAUUCUUUAUUUAGCAGGUGUUAUUUCUCAUAGUCAAAAUUAUGAAUAUCAAUUAGAAAAAAUUUGUUUAAAUGAAUCAAAAUCUGAGAAUAGGUUAAUUAGAGAGAAAAAUGUAUAG